UUGAUAUUUUUACGUUUUUAGUUCAAACGAUAAACAGUGCAAUUUGCAUAGAAGUUGUUGACAAGAUACAAUUGAAAAAAAAGAGGAGUAAUAUUCAACGAAAGUGUCAAAGGAAUGUUCCUGGUGUUAAUGUGAAAAGCGGUCGGAUUCUCCAUGGGGGUUGCGACGGACACCAUACGGUUCUCCGAGCACGCGACCAGUGGGAGGGUCGUUCCGCUCUACUGAAUCGUGAAACCACCCCAGUUUGGCAUCGUAUUGUUCCACUGCUCAUCUUCGUCGUUAACGUCGAAACCAAACCAUCUAAAGAACUUUCUUAAGUCAUUGAGACCAAUCUUUAUUUCAACGAGUUCGACGAUAAACACUUUGUAGAACGAGAUUGAAAUUGUCGCGAAAGUUGGUCGAGGAAAGCAAAUAGAGAAGAUGAGCGCGUUCAAGAGACAUCAAAGCAAAGUGUUCUGGAGCCACAUGGCGUCUCGGGAUCUAGAAAGUGUGGAUCCUUUCGCUUCGAGGAACGAUUUCGCUAAAGUCAAGCAAAAUAUUGCACGUAAUUUCGAAAUUGCCGAAGAGGAAGCGGAGGAUCGAUCGUCUAGCAUAAACGAUACCAGCUACACGAACGAUUCUGAAAACGUAACGGCGAUUCGCGUCUUGCCGAACGAAAACGAGGAACGACAAUAUACAACGACGACGAUAGACGAGGAAAAUUUAAUGACUCAGACGGUUACAAUGGAAAUAAAGGACGAAGACAAAGAGGACGAAAAUAAUACGGCUUUGGCAAAUAGAUCGUGCAGUCCUUUGAGUCAAGAUCUUCGAAGUUUGGAUUCCGGCUUCUCUGAUUCUGAGCUAUCGAACUGCUCCGAAUUUUGCGAAAACGAAACACCGAUGCGUCGAAGAAGACGGAAGCGAUUUAAAGAUCGGCGACAUGGAAUGCAUUCAAGAAUCGGCACUCUUUGGUUGGGAGACGAGGCUAUUCCAAAUCCAACGUACACUUCUACACCCAAGGACUCUAGAAUUCUACCUCGAAACACGAUGAUCCUUAAUACACCUGUAGAAAGAGAAGUGUCAAAAGCACGAAGAACGGAAGAUGAUCAAGUAGAUGCGUCGAAAAUUCCCCCGUCCGUUUCCUUGGAAGAUGAGUGUCUUGGCGAUUUUUUGUAUGCAACUGAACCACCGGAAGAUGCGGCAGCACCACGAAGCGCAAACUCGUCGAUAACAGGCAACUUUUCAGAGACAGAACCAACUUACAAGUCUGUGCUACAUUCCAGAACUUACAGACAAUCCUCAUCGGUGAGAGCAUGGUUGAGUAAUCUCGCGAUGGAAACCGAUAACGAGUGUGGCAACACUCUUCAAAGCAAAACUCUGCCAAGACGGAAACCAUGCGAGUUUUUAAAUGAAAAGGACGAAAUUAAAGAUUUGAAAAAUCUGUCGUCUUUAGCUACAGCUGCUGCGAACAAACUGCUUGUCAGAACUGAGCAAUUUGACCGACAUUAUCAGUAUAUCUUUCACAAAAUAUCGCAUCUAGAAAGUGGUAGAUCAGAACAGCAGCUUUUACGUGCCAUAGAAGAGGACGCUUUCUCCAUUCUUUCCGAGUUGGGUACACCGUCUCCGCAUAGAAUUCAGCAAAAUAGUUUGAAGGGGAUAUUAGCACAGUUGGAGAGUAUGAAGAACUACGUUGACAGUGCUGUAGAUACUCGUUUAGAUUUUUAUAUUGAAAGAGUAGUUAGAGGAUUGGAAGAAGCACCAAAAAAUGAUACCAUACUGGCUAGAGGUGCUCUGGCAGCUUUAACUGCUUUAGGUUUAGCAGGACCUCGAGCAGGAAACAGUAUCACAAGAUGUUCCGGUAUUAGAGCACUUUUGACAUGUUUAAUUACUGCUGGACGGACGUCAGUGGAAUUCGUUGCAGCUUCUUUACGUGCAUUAGCGAGCGUAUGUUGUUCUGCAACAGCAAUAAACCAAUUUGUUAAAGAUGGUGGCCCAGAAAUAUUGACAGACUUACUAGUUAUAGAUAAUACAUCUGAGAAGGAGAAGAUGGAAGCAACAGCAUUAAUUGUGCAGAUUACCGCGCCUUGGGUCAAUGCGUUUGGUCUGCCUUACUUGGAGCCAUUUGCAAAAGAUUUAAUAUCGCCUUUAAAUCAUCUAGUCGAAAAUACUAAUUGUAGUCAAACCUUAUUGUUAGUCGCAGCCGCGUUCAACCACUUAUCCAAAUCCAAAAAAUAUGCUUUUGUGAUAUUGGAACAUGACACGAUUAGAAAACUGUUAAAAUCUGUUAAAAAGACAGCUGGUAGAAACGUUUGGUUAAUGGAACAAGUAGCAGCUCUUAUCAGUGAACUGGCGCGUAUACCUGAAGCACGAACAUACCUGGCGGAAGUUCGUGCCUCAAUUGCGUUGGUUUCUUUUCUUAGAAUGAGGCCUCCUGGUUUAGAGGAUGCAUAUAGACGUUUAGAAAUUACUGCAGCUGCAGCACUUACAAGACUCUGCGUAGAUCCAGAGAUUGCACGGCAAGUAGUUGCUGUCGGAGGGGCGGAUUGUCUUCCAUCAUAUAAGGCUGAAGACCUUCUAACGGAGGAUGAAGAUCAAAUUGAGACUGGCUUGCUAAAAUACACGAAAUCUUUAAGAAGAGCGUGUAAAAGAGCUGCAAAACAAAUUGAUAUUGCAAAGGCCAGUGAUUAUAGUACUCUGAAUUAA